ACUGAGUUCAGACGAACACACCAGCAGCGGCCAUCUUACUUCCUCCAAAAAAAAAAAACUUCAGUCCCAAAGAAAAACAGAAUCAACCCCAGGAUACAUGGGUGACCACAUAAAGGACAGUUAUGGAGCAAUAAACCCAGGGGCUACGACGAGCGAUCCUGACGCAGCAGUGGGGAACAGGGCAAGAAGCGACCAUUAUAUGACAAAAUUGAAGUGACGAGCUUCCUGUGUCCGCUUCUCCUGCUGAUCCCCCAAGAGACCCUUGACUCCUCAACUGAGGAGACAUGGAGGAACAGGGGGAUGCUGCGAUUGGGGGACUGUUGGCACCCAGCCCACAGAGUGAGGCUGUGACCCAUGAGAUGGGUGAACUGUCCCUGCACCCCAGCCAGAGGCUUCCUCCUCUCAAUGAGCGCAAAAAUGUUCUCCAGCUGAGGCUCCAGCAGAGACGCACCCGGGAGCAGCUCGUUGAACAGGGCAUCAUGCCACCCCUGAAGAGCCCUGCAGCUUUCCAUGAACAGAUUCGCAGCCUUGAGAGAGCCAGGACUGAAAAUUUCCUAAAGCACAAAAUACGCAGCCGCCCAGAAAGGGCUGAGUUGGUCCGCAUGCACAUCUUACAAGAGACCUUGGCAGAGCCUUCACUGCAGGCCACCCAGUUGAGACUAAAGAGAGCUCGACUGGCUGAUGACCUCAAUGAGAAGAUUGCACAGCGCCCCGGCCCAAUGGAGCUGGUGGAAAAGAACAUCCUGCCAGUGGACUCCAGCCUCAAGGAGGCCAUAAUUGAUGGUCAGAUGCAGUACCCUAGAACUCUAGAAGAUCUAAUAGAUGAAGACAGUGGAGAUGCUUUUUCACCAGAGCAGCCAGCCAGUCAGGAGUCCCAGGGAUCUGCAGCCUCACCUGCAGAGGUCAGGACUAUGGAGGAGACCUCACCGCUGCCCAAUAACUUGCUACAGCACUUUCCUGCAGUCACCACUACUUCGACAGAUUUCCUCAAGCCCUUUUCCACCGUUGAACAAUCCGUUAGCCCUCCAGCUCCCAUACCACAACUAGUCACAGUAGCCCCUGUGAAGUCGGGGCCCACCCUUGUAAAGCAGAGUCAGCCCAAGUUACCUGGAGACAAGAGCCGCAGCAAGAAGAGCAAGGAGUCCAAGCCACGUGUGAAAAAGUUGAAAUAUCAUCAGUACAUUCCCCCAGAUCAGAAACAAGAACCCGACCAAGCCCCGAUGGACUCCUCGUAUGCUCGUUUACUACAACAACAGCAGCUAUUUUUGCAGCUACAGAUCCUGAGCCAACAGCAACAGCAGCACUACAACUACCAGACCAUCCUUCCUGCACCUCUCAAGCCUGUGAUUGAAGGCCAAAACAGCAGUGCCACAGUGGCUAUCAACAAUGCCAAUAGCCUUCCUGCCUCGAUUGUAGUUUCUCUGCCCACAACAACACCUGUGCGGCCCAAUAGUACUCUGUCCAACCGCAAAGCUGGCAUAUUACCAGCCAACCUGGAGGAGAUGAAGGUGGCAGAGCUGAAAAUGGAGUUGAAGUUGCGUGGUCUUCCAGUAUCAGGAACAAAAACUGACCUUAUUGAACGGCUCAAGCCUUUCCAAGAAAAUCCUAUCACUACUGCACCCAACAACUCCUCCACAGGACCUAAAACACAGCCCUGCGGUACACCUAUGGAAGUUUCCAGCACCACUACAACCAUCUCCCCCAUCCAACUCCCCUCUAAUACUCUGAGUUCCACUCCACCAGUGUCUCCCAGUUCCUCAGAGCUUCUCAGCAGGGAGGACAUGUCCGUGGAAGGACAAGCAGAGACUCAAAACCGCUGUUUAAUUAAAGCAAAUGCUGUUCCUGAGGAACAAGAUCGGAGACUGCACGAAAAGGAGCGACAGAUUGAGGAAUUGCUGCGUAAAUUGGAGCAGGAGCAGAAACUGGUGGAAGAACUAAAGAUGCAGCUAGAAGUGGAGAAACGAAGUGGAGUUGUUCCAUCUGUGGAAAAUAACAACGUUUCUGGCCCAAGCAUCAUGUUGGCAUCUGUCAAAGCAGAAAACACUGUCCCUCCCAACUGCAAACUGAAUUCACACACUACAACAACUCUGGUUAAGCUUGAGGAGGCCCAUCCCAACCAGGUGACAACAGCCCCGCUCCGUCAGUUCAUUAUCAGCCAUCAGGGGGUUCCACAAGUCAUCGGGCAGCCCCAAACACUUCUAACCACUCAACAUGGGGGCACUCAGAUCCUUCUUCCAAUGCCCCUGGCGAAUAAUACCACUACCAUCCAGCUGCCUAAUGCUAAUGUCAAACUACAGCCAGUCUUGCAAGCUGUUUCUACACCAGGCACAGGCCUAAUUCAGACGCCACAGCUGCAGUCUACCAAAGCAGAAAGUCCUACUUCACAACAGCUUCUCAGUCACAACCACAUAGUUCAGACCCUGUCUGUGGGCACCACUGAGAGGUCAGGUUUCCAGCACAGUACCAGUGAGAACCAGGCAGGCCUGGAGAUUCCUCAGUGUUUCCUCAGUAGCUCCCCAGAGAACAGAACCUCACCUCAGACGUCCCCCAUCCCAUCAUCCCUUAUCAAUGGACAACUAAACAAGGCCUCUUUUAUCCAGCAGUGCCCAGUUUUCAACCAGGCUCCCAAGAACAGAGAGCCACCCCGUUAUGAAGAGGCCGUCAAACAAACACGCAGCCUCCAGAAUCCCACCAUCUCGGAGUUUCCCACAGUGACGAGUCAACAGAUGGAUGAUCUUUUUGACAUUUUAAUAGAAAGUGGAGAGAUUACACCCUUUAGUCAACAGGACCCAUCUGUGCCUAAGAUGAUGCCAGUCACGGCCAGCAUCACCACUCUACCUAUUAGCACAGCCCUGUCCCGACCGCCCGCACAGGUGCAGAUGGCACCCCCUCCAACCCUCAUGGUGGAGGCCUUGCCCAGCCUGGCCUCCCUGGACUCCGACAACCAAUUAGAGGCUCUGCUGGAGGGCACAUUAGUCGGGGACACAGAGCCAGAGCAGAGGACGUUGUGCCUGCUAGAAGAGCUCCAAAACCAGAUGCUGGACCAACCAAACUCCCCAAUGGACACGUCCGAGCUUGGUUUCAGCGACCCGCCCACUCAGUCCUCAUUCAGUCUGCAAGACACCGGCCUGGACAACAUGGAGUGGCUGGACCUAACUAUGCCAGGGCCCAUUGGUGGACUCAACCCACUGGGCAUCGCCUCUGAAUUCCUGGACACUCAUGACCUGCAGCUCCACUGGGACUGAGGAGGAGACGCUUCAAACACAAAUACGCUUUCACUCGCACAACAAGUAGGGAUCGUCUGCGUGGCGGCGGUUCACAUCUGGCAGCUUUACGUGACUAGAUUCGGUUGUAAAUGUCUCUCACGCUGGUUCUAUUCACUUUCUCGUUUCACAUUAACGCUCUUGUUUGAUCUGAAUUGACACAAGAGCAUUGUGGGUAAUGCUGGCUAGGCCCUGAAUGUUCUCUCUUUGCUGUGCCAUACUGAGAGGGAGCUGCUUUUGGGCAGAUUGACUUGUGCUGUAUCGCUAUUUCGGGGGGGUUCCAUUCAUGUGCCAUUGGUUGCAGUUGGUCUAUGAAUAUCCUCACGGCUAAUUUUGAAAAAGGGAAACGCUGUUGGUUCCAGAAGUUUCCAGCAUCACAGUGGAGUUUGCUUUGUUUGCACAAAAUUGAACAUGGCCUUGAGCAAUGGCACCGUUAGCGCUCCGCUCUGUAAUGACGAGUGUGUGUGGAGGAUAAUAAUGUCAGACUGGGAAGAUGCAUUUCUCAGAAGUCCUGUUUUCAGAGCUGACUGAAGUAACUGCAGGUCUUAGUGGCCAAUACAAUACUGUUCAAAAGUUUGGGGGCAGUAAGGUUUUUAAAAAGAUAUUAAUGCUGUAUUUUUAGAAAGGAUAUAUUCAAUUGGUAAUUCAAAAUGACAGUAAGAACAUUUAUAAUGUUGUAGACUACUUCUUAGACCAGCCUAGUGAUCAUUCAAUAAUGAACAUUUAAUAGAGCUGCAUCAUUUAUUGUUAAAAGAUUACUCUAUUAAAACACCCAUGCAGAGUGAUCGCCAACCCACGGCGCAUUUAUACUUCUGCGUACUGUUUGUGUUGCUCUGCAAUAACAUUCCGAAAUGCUAGCAGACAGAGGGUUUUUAUGUUCCUCUGUAUCGCAUUUUUUUGCGGGGGGUUUUCUGAACGCUACCUUAAUGUACAAGUAGCUAAAACUCGCUCAUUCAGAGGAGGGAACCGGCAGAUGUGCAACAACAUUAUUGAUAAGUAGGCCCACAUGGAAUCUGUGUGCACAGAAAUCUGCAGAUUUUUAGCCUAUCAUUGAGUUUAUUUAUUUACUUGUGUAAAAGUGUGCACAUUUAUAUUUAUUCAGCUUAUACAUUAAUUUCAGUCAUAUUAUUGACUAAUUUGAAAAUGUGCAUAUGAUUUAUUUACAAUAAAUUAAUAUUUUCUUUUUUUUAGUAGAGAUAUUACAUGAGAGACUUGCUUUGUUUACCAAAUAAGUGGAUCUAAUUGGAUAUGCAUUGUAAACAUUAAAUAAAAAUUAAAAACGUAUUAAUUUUUAUUCCAAAUAUUAAGUUUUCAGAUAUGAUACUUCCAGAAUGAUUCUGCAUAAAUCCGCAGAUUUAAAAAAAAUGUGCAGAAAUAGCAAAAAAUGUCAGCAGAUUCUGUCUGGCCCUAAUCAUUAGGCAAACACAAAACAACAGUUUCUAUCCAGAGCUGCUUCACGGGAUUGACACUAGUAAAUACUCGCUCCAAUGGGUUCAGUCCCAAUCAGUCCCACCCACAUUGGUCACAGCUAUCAGGCCGAACAAUCACAGAGCUUGCGCAAUGCGUCAUUGCGACAUGUAGUUAAAACGUUUUUGAGAGGUGUGUAUCAGCGUUGGCAUCUGCCACGGCGAGGGCUAUACAACCACGAAAAGGCUGCACCGGAGCAGAAGACGCAGAAGUAUAAAUCAGCCUUUAAUCCUUAAUCAAAAAAAUAAAGAGAGAAAGAUAGUUUAAAACAUUAAAUUAUUAUAAUUUUUUUUACAGAAACUUUUAAUAAAUGUAUUUUGGAAAUUUGUCUAAAAUGCCUGUAUGAAGGAGUUGAUAAAAUUGUUCAACCAUUUAUAAAAAUUAUUCAAAGUAUAUAUGAAAAUAGACAUUUCACCAGAUCCUCUUAAAUUCCAUGUUUUUUGAUAAGUGAUCUAUUCAGAAUCCUGGGCUAUUUUUAUCUAUUAAAUCAUUAUACCCCGUUUACUCUCUUAUAUAUAUAUAUAUAUAUAUAUAUAUAUAUAUAUAUCACUCUAGUAUGUCUGUUUUAAAAAGAAAUGACCAUAGAAAUAUAAACAAAAUAGAACAGGAUUUGACUUUAAUCCGAAGAAAUAAUAUAAGAAAUAAUGAUUUCUGAAAGAUCGUGCGACACAUGGUGCAAAUACAGCAUUAUUAUUCGAGGAAUACAUCACAGUUUAAUCAUAAUAACAAUUUAAAAAGUUUAUUCAUUUUAAUGAAAAAAAAAAUAGUGUUUACAGUAUUUUAAUCAGAUUAAUGAAGCCUUAAAAAUAAGAUAACUUCCCUAAACUUUUGAACAGCAUAGUAGAUUGAUGGAGAAGAUUUAUUUAACAUAUCAGAGCAAUUGCUUUAUAUUUUAUGAAGUGGCUUGAACUUCAUAUUUUCUCCAUGCAUGAACAGCCAAUGCUGGAUGAGUUAUUAGAGCAGUUUGCUAGAUCUGAAUCAAUGAAUUCUUUUCAGUUCUAGACAUGAUAAUGGGAUCUGAUAAUGUGGUUGAUUUGUCUCGGAUCAGCUCUAAAUUCCGGCCAAAUUCAAUCCAAUAUUAGGCAGAUUUUGAUUAACAAGCGAUUACUCCUAUUAUAGCAUUCUUAAAUGAAUCUAAUUCGAUGUAAAUAAUCCACGAGAGGAAAUCUUUGUAUAAAACGACCUGUUGGAUGUCCAACCCUUUAUUUGUGUGUCUGUGAAUUGUGAUUCAGUGUCUGUGUUUGAUUGUCCAUCACGUCAGUGGAAUGUUGUGUGUUUGACUGUUGAUUUGUUGGUGCACCGUACUGUAAGGACGUUUUAUUUUCCCCCUAAGUUUUUCCUUAGUUGUGUUCACACGGUGGUUUCUGUAUGAUUUCUGGCUAAUUUGUUUAAUUUUGUUGCCAUGGAGCAAAGCUCCGUCACAGACGCUACUUUUAGAAAGCGAUUAUGUAAACGAAGCCAUCAGAAGUGACAAGUGACGAUAAAUACAAGAUCUCUCUAACAGCACUACGUGUCAUAUGUGAACACAGGGGAUCUUUGUACUGUUAAUCUUUCAGUACGUGGAGUUUUAAAAAUGCAAAAUUGAAGACGUGGACCAGGCAGUUAAAGACUUUACUGCAUGUUAAAUGUCACUGGCAGCUCAAAGGGUUCCUGCUGUGCUUUUCACGCUUCCUUCACCACAUAAGUUUGCUGUUUUAGCAUGAAAAAAGAUCUGUGAAGUUUAAUAGCACAAAGUCAUUCCUAAGGGAGUUAUUCUCUAUAUCUGUAAGCUUUGUUUCUGAACUCACUGACACUCCUUUAUUUUUUCCUGAGUUUUCUCACAGGAAAGUGCAGGUCAACAUAUCUUAAAUGUAAAUCAUUUCAACCCAUGACAUGUCUGAGUUAAACCAUUUUUUUAAUGCAAAAAACAUCUUGAAAAUUUGGAAUUCAAAAAAUUCAUAAUGACAGAUGUUAGAUGUUUUGAAAUAUUGCACCAUGCUAGCCAUUUAUUUCUAAUCAAAUAAGAUGUAGGCAUUUUUUAAAGCAUCAACAGCAAGUAAAUCCACUUAUACAACACUCUUUCAAAGAGGAACUGUGGAUUCAGGAUUUUAGAUUUUUUUUUUUUGCAAGGCAAUGCCUUAUGUUGCUUCCACCGCACCAUGACCAAAGGAGCCAUUUUCUAUAAAUAAAUGCAUCUCUAUAUUUAAAAGCAAAAAUGAUCAGGAAUUUGUAGGCAGAUUUGUGAUUUUGACAUGUGACCUGAAAAUAAUCUUUCCGUUUUCUGUCUUUUCACUUUGCUAUUUCAGUUUGCGCACUUUGAAAGUCAAUUUAAACGCAACUACUGCUUCAAAGAUCUAAUAUAAUGAUACACAUGUGAUUUUUACAUUCACGGGCAUAAACAACACUAUUUGAACUUUUUGACAUCUCUUCUGAGAGUCAACAUAAAAGAAAAUGUGCGGUUUGUGCUAAACUGUGUAUGAGGAGUUCAUAUCAAACCAGAUGUGAUGCAUUCUUCCUGAAUAGUAGAGUAGGGUCUGUCUGCGGACUGCAAGACGGGGCCGUAACAUGAAGGGGCGGGCGUAUCUUGAAGUUGUAGAGACCCACGUCAAACUUUGUUGUCGACAAGAUGGCACCGCACCCAUCAGUUAUUAACAUCAACCAUCCGUCACAGUUAUUAACGUCUACAUCUACCCCAAUUGUAAACCUAACCAUCAUAGUUAACGUCUACACCUUUUCUAGUCCUAAACCCAACCAUCAUUAUUAACGUCUGUACCUACCCCAAUUCUAAGUCCAACCAUCAAAGUUAAUGUCUACACCUUCCUCAAUCCUGAAUCUAAUCAUCAAAGUUAACAUCUACACCUUCCUCAAUCCUGAAUCCAAUCAUCAAAGUUAACAUCUACACCUUUCUCAAUCCUGAAUUCAAUCAUCAAAGUUAACAUCUACACCUUCCUCAAUCCUGAAUCCAAUCAUCAUAGUUAAUAUCUACACCUUCCUCAAUCCUGAAUCUAAUCAUCAAAGUUAACAUCUACACCUUCUUCAAUCCUGAAUCCAAUCAUCAUAGUUAACAUCUACACCUUCCUCAAUCCUGAAUCCAAUCAUCAUAGUUAACAUCUACACCUUCCUCAAUCCUGAAUCCAAUCAUCAUAGUUAAUAUCUACACCUUCCUCAAUCCUGAAUCCAAUCAUCAUAGUUAAUAUCUACACCUUCCUCAAUCCUGAAUCCAAUCAUCAUAGUUAACAUCUACACCUUCCUCAAUCCUGAAUCCAAUCAUCAUAGCUAACAUCUACACCUUCCUCAAUCCUGAAUCCAAUCAUCAUAGUUAAUAUCUACACCUUCCUCAAUCCUGAAUCCAAUCAUCAUAGUUAAUAUCUACACCUUCCUCAAUCCUGAAUCCAAUCAUCAAAGUUAACAUCUACACCUUUCUCAAUCCUGAAUUCAAUCAUCAAAGUUAACAUCUACACCUUCCUCAAUCCUGAAUCCAAUCAUCAUAGUUAAUAUCUACACCUUCCUCAAUCCUGAAUCCAAUCAUCAUAGUUAAUAUCUACACCUUCCCCAGUCCUAAACCCAAUUAUCAUAGCUAUUAACGCACAGCCGUGAGUUGCGGAGGCUUUCAUACAUUAUGCGCUUACCAUACUGUUAUUUGCAACCAUAUGGAGCGAUGCCAAGUGAGCUAACUGUCAUGACAAAGUGGAUGAAGUCAGGGAGUUGCAUGGUAGAGUUGCUAAAUGAAUGAAUCUCGCAAUAUAUGAAAUGAUUAGUUUGUGGAUAAAUUUGGAGAAAAAUGUUCUCUGGGUUCAUUGGGAUCUCGAUGCCUGCAAGUUACAGUAUGUCUCUAACCUACUACAUAUUAUGCCCCUUCUUGUUACGCCUCUGUCUUGCAGUCCGCAGACAGAUACACUUGGAGUAGUGGCCCUAAAAACUUUUUGAUUCCCGUCUGGUGGCUGGAUACCGUAGACAUUGUAAAUCAGUCCUAUGCUGCUAACAAAUAUGUAAAUGAAAAGGUUCCAAAAUUCCAGAUUCAUCUCUGUACUCUGUCCACUUUUGAUGUUGAAAAUUCAACUGUGCGGUUUAACAAAGUGACUUUUAUUGACAUGUUAGUAGUUUAAAACAAGAUAAUGUGUAAGAAAUAUUAUAGCUGUCAAAUGAAAGAAAACGUCCUGGCAGUUUUGACCUGUUUCUUGUAUUGUAAUAAUUCAGGGGGAGCUAGUAAUUCUGACUUCAACUGUAUAUUAUAACAGACCUUUUGUUUAUUCGUUUUUGCACAUCCUCUUCUUAAAGGGAAACAACAACUCAUUUGCAUUUAAAGGGACACAGAAAUGGUUUUUGCUUCCAAGGAUGUUGAAAAUCAAUGUAGUGAAUGACAUCUGUAUUUUGAGCUGAAACUUCACAGACAUUGUAAAAAGCAUAACAGGACCCUUUUCAUACGUUUGUCGAGAGAGUCGGAGAAAAAAUUCUAGCAGGUCUGUUUUGUCAAGUUGUCUGUACAAAAUGUGUGUAUGUUUGUCUGGUGCAUGUUUGUGCGUUUGAGUGUCUCUGUCUGUUUCACCGCCUUUUUGUUGAAGUUUUACCAUUUGAAGUUGCAAAAGACCAUCCAAAUGAAGAAAAAAAAAAGUGUAGAUAAACAUUAUAUUUGUGUAUAUAUAGAGAUUUGCAAAUAUAUCGGCAGCAUGUGAAUAAUGAAAUUGAUGUGAUAUCUUUCUGAGAAACGUCCUCGUGUUGCUUUUCUUUUCUUUUUUUUUCCCCACAACUGUCGUCAGUCACCUCAUGGAGAAUUGUUUAUUUUUAAAUAUCGAUAUCCUGCUCUCAAAUGAAACCUUUCCAUUCAGCAAGGCAAUACGCGUCCACUGGCUUUGCACUCACAGAUCUAAGAUUAUGUGAAUCCAGUUAUGUUUGAUCCCAAGGGACGUCGCUUCAGCUGUUUCCAUGUUUCCUAUUCAAGAUGUACAGCACUUUUCUGCUGCAGUGAUGAACUGCUCGUCACUCUUAAAUCAACCGCACAGCGUCAAAGCACCUUUACAGAUAAGCUU